UCCCCCACCCCCUCGCACUCCCCCGGCCGCCUGAGCGCCGCGCCGCCAUGUUCCGGCUCCUCCUCCGCCGCCUCUCCACGGCCGCCGAGAAUCACGUCGCUGCCUCCGCCUCCUCCUCCCCAUAUCCGCCGCUGCGGCGGCCGCUGUCCGGCGACCUGUACCGCCGCAUCGCGGAAGUCGGGAGCCCGCACCUCCCGCUGGCCCCCGUCCUGGGGCAGUGGGCUCUCGAGGGCCACACAGUCGAGAAGCACGUCCUCCAGGCCAUCGUCAAGAAGCUCAUCGGCCUCCGCCGCUUUGCCCACGCGCUCGAGCUGUCGUUCUGGAUGACCAACCAGAGGCACUUCUACCUGUCGCCCGGCGACGUUGCGUACCGGCUGCAGCUGAUCACCAAGGUCCACGGCCUCGAGUGCGCCGUCGAAUACUUCGGCACCGUGCCGACGCAGCUGAGGAAGCAUCACUGCUACGUCUCCCUCCUGAAAUGCUAUGGCGAGGCGAAGGCCGUCGAGAAGGCUGAGGAGCUCUUCGUGAAGAUGCAGGAGAUGGGGAUGAAGGGUGCUUAUGCUUAUAAUCUGAUGAUGAAGCUUUACUUGGAGACCGGGCAGCUUGAGAGGGUGCACGCCAUGUUCUGGGACAUGGAAGAGAAAGGCAUUGAGCCUGAUAUGUUCUGCGUGGAGAAUCUGUUGGCUGCGUACAUUGCUGCCGAAGAUGUUGAGGGGGUUGGGAAGCUGCUUGAGAAGGCCAAUCCACGCCAUAAACUUUUGAGUUGGCAGGGACAUGCCUCGGCAGCAAUGUUUUUCAUGAAAGCCAGGAUGCAAGAAAGGGCCUUCAAGGCUCUUCUAGAUGCGGAGAGGCUUAUUACUCCCAAGAAUGGUAAGGUCGCAUACAGUUACUUGCUCAAUGCAUAUACCGAUCUGGGGAUGUAUCCUGAGGUUGACCGCAUUUGGGAUGUCUACAAAUCCAAAGUGCCACCUUGCCGCUCGAUGUACUUGUGCAGGAUAAGUGUGCUACUCAAGAUGAAUGAGAUUGACAGGGCCGAGAAAGCAUUGAAAGAGUGGGAAACAAAGUGUGUUUUCUUUUAUGAUUUCAAAUUAAUGAACUUAGUGGUCGAUGCUUACUGCAGAGAAGGUCUUGUAAGGAAAGCAGUAGCUCUUGUCGAUGAAGCCAUUGAGAAAGGGAGGAAACCCGCUGCUAAUACGUGGUACAGGUUGGCUGAUGGAUGUUUCAAGAAUGGUGAGGUGCUGAAGGCGGUGGAUAUGACUAGGUUGGCUCUUGCUUCUGCAACUAUUCCAUUGGAAUCUGACAUGACAUAUGUGCUAAUGAGCCUGAACCACUUCAUGGAUCAAAAGGAUGUAGAAGCAGCUGAGGAGAUGAUGAGUAUGUUACAGAAGUUGAUUCCUUUGAGUAGGGAUGUUUAUUGUUGUUUACUGAAGAUAUAUGUCCGUGCGGGAAAGCCAGUGUGCGACUUGCUUGAUCGUAUGAAGAAAGAUGGCCUUGAGGCUGAUGAAGAAACAGACAGAAUCCUGGCUGGAGAAUUCCAGUAGAUACAUACCAUUGUCCAUCACUAAAAAAAAAAUCGACGAUGCAAUGGAGGGCAAAGCGCCCACCAGAGGCAAUGUUGCUGGCAAAGCGAGCAUGCACGAUUCUCGCAGGUAAGAGGUACCGAGCACAGGACAGGAAGUUCAUCACUAAAUGAUCUCUUUUUUUUUUCAUAAAAAAUGAUCUCUUUUUCCGUGCUCAUUUUCUUCUCCCUUCAACUCUGCUCAUUAAUUUGACUCCAGUCCACUGCUUACAUGAAACACUGCAAUUCUUUGUUCCUGUAUGUGAUGACCUCAUAGGCAGUGGGGAUGUGAGUGUUCUAUACUGUUUUGAUAGGAUCAGAUAUGAUGGAACUGUUCAUUACAUCCUUUUUCUAUCCCCACAUGUUCGUAUGAGUUAAGUUUCAUCUUGGUUCGUCAUGGAAUUCUCAGUUUAGUUCUCCUAUUUCUACUUUUGUAGUUUUGUUAUGCCCCCUGUGGUCAGUCUGACGAAAGCUGGUAGCUUAAUACCGAUCUGUAAAAUGAACCAGGGACAUAAAUUUGAAAGAAAUAUAUGCAAGUCUCAUGAAAAAGCGUCUCAUGGAAAUACAUUACUGAAUUAUUUGCGUUCUUAUCAACCAAAUCUGUACUUCAUAUUUAUUAAUUUAUUUUUAGUGGAAUCUGAACAUUAGUAGUUGUGUUGCCAAGGUGAAGCGAAACGUUGGAUUGAGUUGGGACGUCACUCUAUAAAAUGGUUUAGUUUUGUUAGUUGGCGCCCCUCAGUCUGGGCUCACUUGAUCAGCCAGAGUCAGUUUGGGGUAGCAAGGUGGAAUGAUGAUUCAGAUCAGUUCUGGGGAACUAUUGAAGACCGGGAAUGACCAUUUAAGUCCCGUUUGGAACGCUUGAACAUCACAAGAGCACAGGAGAAAUCCCGGUGGAGUUUCUCCAUUCCAAAUCAGAUGGAAAAGCUUGAUAUGAUUCCUGCAACCACUUCGCAUUUCAGGUGGAAUCAGGCAAGGAUAUGUUCAUUACAGAACUAUCUUCUCGCACGGCCGUUUACUUUCAUAUCCUGUGAUGUUUAUAGAUGGUGAAUCUGUCAUUUAUUUGAUUCUUACUAUCUUUUUUUUUUAAACGAAAUGAUUCUUAUCUUCGAGUUGGACUAAAUUCACUGCUGCCCAACUGACGUUUCAGUUCUCCCAAUGUGCUCUGUACCCCGCUUGCAAACAAAUACAUCAUACAUCAGCUGACUUGAUUGUGAAUUUGUGAUUGGGGUCAGUCAGGCGGCUAAUUUCUGUUUUCUCAAGCAACAGAUUCCCUGCUUUUCUCUACGGUUUCUUCAAGGCCAUGUGAAGUUUUCCUUUUUAGCUGAUUUGUUUCUCACAAACCGUGUCUGCCCAGUCAGAGAUUCAUCACCCAUCUUCUGUCCAUGAACGCCAUGUGGUGUUACACCCUCCGUCUUCAGUGCAUGCAGAACGCCGCAGCUACCAAACAAUCCGAUUGGUACGUACUACGCCGCCACGGGUCCCGUGCCCGCGUGGUUUGGUUUGGGCGUCGACAUGAAAAAUUCUCAGAGUAAAAACUGAACUGCUGUGGCAUCGUCAAAGAAAUUCUCAGAGGGAAAACUGAGCUGCUUAA